AUGUUCGGCCUGCAAAUCAUUGCCCGUUGCCACAGGCGCGGUCUGUCCUGUGUUCCCGUCCUGCCCCCUCGUCUGGGUUCCUUCUACGUGGAGAGUGGAACGGGGGUUUCCAUCGGCAGCGUGCUGACCUUCUGGUGCAGAGAGGGAUUCCAGCUGGUCGGCAGCGACAAGAUCUCCUGCGAGGCCAGGAACGGCAAGGCUCAGUGGAGCAACUACCUCCCUGUCUGUGAAGCAAUCCCCAGGCCAGAGGACCAUGGACUGAGAGUGGCUGUAUUAGCCUCGGUGGUAAGCGGCAUUGUCAUCUUUGCCAUGUCCCUGUCCUUCCUCAUCUGCUGCCUUCAGGAACGAUCGGGUCGGGACCGCAGCAAAAAAGAUGGACGGAGUAGACGCAGGGAGAAGCGCUCAGCCCGUCGCAGUGAGUGCUGGCUGGAGAGGGAGGAGGGCGAGUGGGAGGCCUUUCCCCCUCCCAAGAUCUUCCACCUCUCCCAAAGGAUGAACCCCCGUCUGGCUCCCGACAGCCCGCUCUACCUGACCGGAGCCCUCAAUGGAUAUGAGAACAGAGGAUACCAAAGGAGUCAGGAGAGUCUGCUGAAGGCCUCUCUGCCCGGACUCUACCGCUCUGAGUCUCAGCUUUACCCCCAUGUCGUCCUGCAGAGGGUCCCGACCCCGACCGCGCCAUCCGCCCCUUCCGCCCCAUCCGCCCCUCUCUACCUCCACCUUCCCCUAUCCUCCUCUUCGGCCUCCUCGCCAGCCCACAGCGCCUCCCAGAGCCAGGCCAGGGUCUUGACGCAGUACCCGACCCCGACGUAUCCGCCCAACCCCAACACGGCCGUGCCCGCCUACCCCCACCCGACACCGGCGCCCGUUUACCCCAAUCCCAACCCGCCGCCGCAGAGGCCCUGGCAGUAACGCGAGCCCUCUCUGCUUUCGCCGUUUUUCAGAGAGCCGCGCGGUUUCCCGCCUGAAGGUGCCCGGCGGAGCGCGCCGACAGACCUUUUGGAGACCUGUGACGUCUUUUUACACUUUCUUAUCCCUGUUCUUUCCCACAGAAGUCUGCAAAUCCCCUGCUCCAAAGCAGACAUGACGGACAUCCAGCCAGUGUAGAUCGUAGACAUGUCUCCGUAUGCCCACAAGGAGUGGAGGAUUGUCUGUUGCUUGAAUUUUUUCGUUGUUUUUUUUUGUUUACCGAACUGGAGCAGCUGCAUUGAAGCACGAGGAGGUCUUUGCGGAAAAACCCCUUCACCCUUUUAACCGCCAAAUGUUACGAAGGAGUCUUCACGUGUCAACAAAGGGACAAAGCGUGGGCUAUUUUGUUUUGCAAAGGAAAUAGCAGCUGUAUUCAAAUAGAUUUUUUUGUUUUUUAGUGUUACCUACUUUAAAACAGAUCUCCUUGUUUGAUUUAAUGUAGCUCUAACUGAACUGGCUGGCAUAAACCACUGGGUCGAACUCCUUUGCCAGGAGUUAUGUGGGAUUUCGUGAACAGAGGAAACAGACUGAUGAUAGGGAUUGAUGAAAAGUGCACUGUGAUUAGAAUGCCACUGUUGUCGCAACUGCUGAAAGCAGCCAGUUUUUACAUUGCUUGUACGGACUUACUAAUGUACUGAUCCUUCUCAAGUGAUCGUUGCUUGCUUUUCGAAAUACUGUAGUACUGUAGUACUCUGUUCGUUUCUCUCCACCGCCCCCUCUUUUUGUGUUACACAAUCAUCCCAAACAAAAGCUCGUUCUGUGGCUGGCAGUUUGACUGGAGGUAUUUUCUGACGCACUCAUUCGGGGCCUGCGGAUUUGUUGGGAUCCCUCUCACCUGAGUCCAAUGAUUACUGGAAAAUGUUGUUUCCUAUUUAAUCCAGUUUUGGGUUUUGAGAUCAAACCGUUUUUAUCAUAAAGUCGUCAUUUCAGGAAAAUCUGCGUGAUGUCGCUCAGGUUUUCUGCGUUGUUAAUAAACUGGAAACGGCACCGAACCGGUGGAUAAAUAUGUAAAUGCAUUUAAUUAAUCAGUGCAAGGCCCCUUUAUAGCCGAGAGUUUUAUUUUUAAUAGAUUAACUUGAAUAGAAACACUGACGAAUCUGCACUUUACCUUGUUGAACAGUUUGAGCUGGACAAUGUUUGGUUGUGCGUUUUCUUACUUUGUGCUGUUUGACGACGAGACUGCCAAGAAAAUGUGAAUAAAAGAGAUUUUUGUUCAGCUCAACGGCGGCUCGGGCUCAGCUUCUGUUUUCAGCGUGCUCCGUUUCUCAGACAUUUGAACAAACAGGACGGCGGGAAGAAGACGAAGGAGAGCGAUGGACCUCGUUCUGAAAACAAGGGGCUCGACCUCAUUUGCCUGCAGAGCGACACUGAAACGUGAGGGGAAAUGAGAGGAAAUGAGAGGCCUCGUCCGACUCCACAGGACUUCAUCUAGCAUUUCUACAAAUGCUUUUGUCCAGGGGUUAUCAGUUUUUGAGGGGGCUUAAAAGGCCACUACAUAUUGU